UGUGAAUUCAUGUUAAUACCCGCAAUUUUUCUUUAUUUUCUUAAUUUUAAUUACGACUAAAUAAAAAAUUAAAAAUGAGUACCGAUACAUAUUCCGUUGAUGCAGCUUUAACAUUCCUUGAAGAUGAGGAUAUAAUGGCAGAUACUCAAGCUUCUCAAUUCGAUUUUCAAGAUUUUACACAACCAUCACAAGGACAAACUCAAGAUAAUUUAAAUGACUCUGGUAAAAUGACGGAUUUUAAAUUGAUUAGAAGUUCAUUAAAUGAGAAUAAAGCUUUAGUCCCACCGGAAGACAAUGAUCUUCAAUUUGAGGAGGAAGAGGAUGAAACACAACUUGUUCAAGAAUUACCUGCACAUGCUUGUAAAUAUUGUGGUAUUAAUGAUCCUGGAACAGUAGUCAUGUGUAAUAUUUGUAAAAAGUGGUUUUGUAACGGACGUGGGGGGACAUCAGCUUCUCACGUUGUUAAUCAUUUAGUACGUGCGAAACAUCGUGAAGUCACCUUACAUGCUGAUGGCCCUUUAGGGGAAACCAUUUUAGAAUGUUAUUCCUGUGGCGUUCGCAACGUUUUUGUUCUUGGCUUUAUACCCGCAAAAGCAGAUUCUGUUGUUGUACUUUUAUGCAGACAACCAUGUGCUGCGCAAAAUUCACUUAAAGAUAUGAACUGGGAACAAGACCAAUGGAAACCCUUAAUUUCAGACCGAUCCUUUCUGCCGUGGCUUGUAAAAAUACCAACAGAACAAGAACAAUUACGAGCUCGACAAAUAUCUGCCGCACAAAUAAAUAAACUGGAAGAGCUUUGGAAGGAAAAUAUUGAAGCAACAUUUCAAGAUUUGGAAAAACCAGGUAUUGACAAAAACCCUUCUCAAGUUUUAUUACGUUACGAAGAUGGGUAUCAAUACCAGAAGACAUUUGGACCCCUAGUGGGUCUUGAAGCUGAAUAUGACAAAAAAUUAAAAGAAUCCCAAACGCAAGAAAACAUAGAAGUGCGGUGGGAUGUUGGUUUAAACAAAAAAAUAAUUGCAUAUUUUACUUUGCCAAAAACAGACGGUGACAUGAAAUUAAUGCAUGGAGAUGAACUUAAUCUUCGUUAUGCCGGAGAAUUACAUAAACCUUGGAGUAGUUUAGGUCAAGUUAUAAAAAUUCCUGACAACUAUGGCGAAGAUAUUGGUCUUGAAUUAAAAAUUAGCCAACAAGUACCAAUUGAAUGUACAUCAAAUUUUGCCGUCGAUUUUAUUUGGAAAAGCACAGCAUUUGAUCGAAUGCAAAUGGCAUUGAGGAAAUUUGCAGUCGAUGAUAAUUGCGUUUCUAAUUUUAUAUACUCAAAAUUACUUGGUCAUGGUCGCCAUGAUGGAGCCGAUGAAGUAACAUUUAGAGGAAAUAUUCCAAAACAUUUUAGUGCUCCAAACUUACCUGACUUGAACAGAUCGCAAAUAUAUGCUGUAAAACAUGCAAUUCAAAGACCACUGAGUUUGAUUCAAGGCCCUCCCGGUACAGGAAAGACUGUUACCUCCGCAACAAUUGUUUACCAACUUGUAAAAAUGAGUGGUGGAACUGUUCUUGUUUGUGCUCCAAGUAAUACGGCCGUAGAUCAGUUGACCGAGAAAAUUCAUAGGACUAACUUAAAGGUGGUAAGAGUUUGUGCAAAAUCUCGCGAAGCAAUUGAUAGUCCAGUUAGUUUUUUGGCAUUACAUAACCAAAUAAGAAAUAUGGAAACAAAUGUAGAAUUGGUCAAGCUCCAACAACUUAAAGAUGAAACGGGUGAAUUAAGUUCUGCAGAUGAAAAACGAUAUCGUACUUUGAAGAAAGCUGCUGAAAGGGAACUUCUGGAUGCUGCAGAUGUAAUAUGUGCUACUUGUGUAGGUGCCGGUGAUCCUAGAAUCAAUCGAAUCAAAUUUACGUCAAUUUUAAUAGAUGAAAGUAUGCAAUCUACCGAACCUGAAUGUAUGGUACCCAUUGUUUUAGGGGCCAAACAAUUAAUAUUAGUUGGUGAUCAUUGUCAAUUAGGGCCAGUUGUAAGAUGUAAAAAAGCUGCAAAAGCAGGCCUCUCCCAAAGUUUGUUUGAAAGGUUGGUAGUCCUGGGAAUACGACCUUUUAGGUUAGAAGUACAAUACCGCAUGCACCCAGAAUUGUCACAAUUUCCAUCAAAUUUCUUCUAUGAAGGUAGCUUGCAAAAUGGGGUCUGCGCAGAAGAUCGAAAACUGAGAGUAGCUUUCCCAUGGCCACAAAAGGACAGACCAAUGUUCUUCCUAGUAACGCAAGGUCAAGAGGAAAUUGCUGGAUCUGGAACAUCGUUCCUGAAUCGAACUGAAGCAGCAAAUGUUGAAAAAAUUACAACGAAAUUCUUAAAAGUUGGAAUUAAACCUGAGCAAAUCGGUAUUAUUACACCCUAUGAUGGACAAAGAGCUUACUUAGUCCAAUACAUGCAGUAUCAAGGAAGUUUGCACUCUAAAUUAUAUCAAGAAAUUGAAAUUGCAAGUGUCGAUGCUUUCCAAGGCAGAGAAAAAGACAUAAUUAUAAUGUCAUGUGUAAGAUCGAACGAACAUCAAGGUAUAGGAUUUUUGAAUGAUCCACGUCGUCUAAAUGUUGCCUUAACACGAGCUAAAUAUGGAAUUAUUAUUGUUGGAAAUCCCAAAGUUUUAUCCAAACAACCUUUAUGGAAUCAUUUAUUAAACUUCUAUAAAGAUCGAAAUGUACUUGUCGAGGGGUCACUAAAUAACUUAAAGGAAUCAUUGAUCCAAUUUCAGAAACCUAAAAAAAUUAUUAAUACCUUAAAUCCAGGAACUCAUUUCAUGUUGAACUCGGUUUAUGAUGCCAAAGAAGUUCUUCAACCAGCAUCUCUAUAUGAUAAGAAUAACGACGCUCUCAACCAAUGUCGCAGAGGACUUCAGAACACAUACAUAAGUUACCCUCAAAAUCAUAACAUGAACUUUGAUAUGCUAGCUAAAAACCAUCAUGACUCAAUUAGUUUCAUUUCUCCACAAAGAGCACAAGCAGCUAUAAACAGUAUGCCUAUUCCAGUUGGUAUGUUUAUGAAUAUGAGUAAUAUGCCAUCUCGGUUCUACAACAAGCAUCAUCAAGCGGUACAAGCAGUUAAACAAGGCAAAAAACCAGUAAGAAGUUCAGUUAAAAGCCAAGAAAAAUCAUCUUUACUAAAUGCAAACAGCUAUUGUACACCGCUUACACAAAAUCAACAAAAUAUGACUCAACCAGGAUAUUUGUCACAACACUCAGAAUUUUCCCAAAUAUCUCAAGCUGAUGGAAUGUUAUCUCAAGAUUCCAAUUUUCAAGUUAACUUUGGUGAUAAGAUGAAUUUAGAUGUUUCAAAUCCUAGAAGAUUUUACCAGUCCUAGUGAUAAAAAAAUUCAUAAAAAGAAAAAAAAUCUGUCAGCGAAUGCAUAAAACCAAGUAACCAUUUUAUCACAACAACGAUAUGGACCAAUGCAUAGUCAGCAUGUGUUUUAUAAAUGAAAUGAAGAGAACAGCAAAUUUAUAAAAAUAAGGGAAAAGUGCUAGAUUUAGCUACUAUUCGAUGUAAUAACUUUCACAAGAUAAUUAAAAAAAUUUUUAAUUAUUGUGAAGGCAUCUUGAAUUUGCUGUAUAAUUUUGAGGAAGCUACCUAUUUAGAGAUAAUAGCGCAUUAAUUUGCAGGCGACGUUAAUUUCAAAAAUGAAAUAUAUAUUUAAUUUUUUUCUUCAGUUUUUUUUUUUUUAUUUCAAAAUUUUAUGUAAACAUAUCGGUGGGAAAUUUGGAAUAAAUAUUCUAAAUCUUUUUAAGUUUUGUGAUUUAAUAAAUGCGCUUUUUAUUUAAUGUA